UACAACACACACAACUACUUCUAAUACCACAUACACAUCCAACAUCAUGGCCACCACAGCACAACACGAGGCAACUCUGCCUACUCGCACUGCCACCGCUGGUACUGACUACGACGAUGCCAUCCCGGACGAGGAUGCCAGCGAGGUGACCAAGCUCUUCCACGAGCGUCUGCAGGCGUGGAAGCAUGCUUGCGGGUACCUCGAGGACUACGUUACUGCCACUGAAAAGCUCGCUGCCUCCAACGGCAAGGAGUACGAAAAGGUCCUCAAGACCGUUAGCACACCUUUGAAGGAAGGUCACCACUUUGAGACUACCGUCGGAGGUGUUGCUGGUCUUUUCGAAAACAUCCGCACCAACACCCAAGGCUUGGCCAACAGCAACGCCGAGACUGCGAAGACCUUGAAGGGCACCAUCUUGCCCAUCUUUGAGCGCCUCCACGCCGAGAUCAAGCACAAGACGAAAGAGUUGACCAAGGGCGCCGGCAAGGGCUCAAAGGCGGUUGACAAAGCUCGUACCGUGUCCCAGAAGCAUAUCGAGUUGCUGGGCCAGCAGACAGCUUCCUUCGACUCCAAUGGAUCCGUCAAGGCCCACGAGGACCCCUACCUUCUUCAGCGUCAAGUUCACCACCGUCUCCACAAGCAAGUAAUUGAGGAGAACAACAUCCGCGAGGACAUGCUUGCCGUUCAGAGCAACUUCUCCCAAUUCGAGGCUCACGUGCUUCAGACCCUUCAGAGCGGCAUCGCCCAAUUCAACCAGGUUGUGUCUGGCCAAGCUGAACACACCCGUACUCUCUACGGAGACAUUACUGCACACGUGCAACGCAUCCCCGCUGACCACGAGUGGAACGCCUUCGUUACCCGCAACGCUGGUAUCCUCAUCGACCCCACCGCGCCGAAGCGUGCUGUUGGCAACAUUGCCUUCGCCAACCAGGACCACCGCGCUUCGCGUCCCUUGAUUGCUGGAUCCCUCGAGCGAAAGCAGGGUCUGCUCAAGAAGUACGACGCGAGCUACUACGUCGUCACCCCGUCCAAGUACCUGCACGAGUUCAAGACCGACGAUGACUUCGCCAAAGACCCCUCCCCCGAGAACAGCUUGUACCUGCCCGACUGCUUGAUCGGAGCCGUCGACGGCGCGAAGUUCAACGUUCGUGGCAAGGACAGCAGCAAGGGUGCCCUUGCUAAGCUCGCCAUGACCAAGGAGUUUGAGUUCAAGGCCCACACCCCUGAGGACGCGAAGAAGUGGCACGCCGUCAUCGCCAGCAUUACUGGUGCUGUUACCAACGACUUGCCAGAAUCCGCCCCUGUCAGUCCUGCUACGGCGCAGGCCACAGACAUUGCGACCCCAACCAGCGCCACCAGCACAACUGCAACCACUGGUGUGAUCCCCGGUGCCGCGCCCGUCACGACAGCUCAGCCAGUGACUACUACCGCUGCCGCCACCGAGACUGCUCCUGCGGUCCACCACGCUUGAAGUCAUUAGUCGACCCGUCACGGGAUAAGACUGAGGAUGUGCACAGAACAUGCUUUACGAAUCUCUUUGU